CCAGUCACAGCAAUGGAAGAGGAAGCAAACCUUAGUUUGGAAGAAGAAUUUGAGGCACCAGAGGCUACACAUACAGGACCUAAAGGAGUAAUCAAUGAUUGGAGAAAGUUUAAAUUAGAAAGUAAAGACAGAGAUGCUCUACCUGUAAGCAAGAAAGAGAUCCUCAUCAGGCAAAUGUCUUCACCCUAUCGCUCUCAAAGUAGAGAUGAUAAAGACACCAGAGAAAGAUUCAGUCGCAAGAUGAGUAUGCAGGAAUACGAGCUCAUUAAUGAUGACAAAGAAGACGAGAGUUGCCUACGGAAAUACCGCAAGCGCUGCAUGCAGGACAUGCACCAGAGGCUGAGUUUCGGGCCAAAAUACGGCUACCUUUCAGAGCUGCAGAAUGGGGAGCAGUUCCUGGAAGCUGUCGAGAAGGAGAGGAAAACCACCACGGUCAUUGUCCACAUCUAUGAAGAUGGCAUCAAGGGCUGCGAGGCACUCAACAGCAGCUUGACUUGUCUCGCUGCCGAGUACUCCACCGUGAAAUUCUGCAAGAUCAAGGCUUCGAACACGGGAGCCGGAGACCGCUUCUCCAGCGAUGUCCUCCCGACGCUUCUCGUGUACAAAGCUGGAGAGCUUGUCAGCAAUUUCAUUAGUGUCACUGAACAGUUCAACGAAGAGUUUUUUGCUGUAGAUGUGGAGGCGUUCCUUAAUGAGUAUGGGUUACUACCUGAGAAGGAAAUUCCAGCGUUGGGGAAUGGCACCGUGGGAGAGCAAGAAGUUGAAUAGUUGACA